GAUGAUUUUUCAUUUUCAGAUUUAAUAACUCCCGAGGGUAAAGCCUCUAGAGAAUGAGGAAAAAUGAGAUUUUGUAGAGGGAGGGGUGAAAAUAUGAGAUAAAUGAAUGAGAUAUAGAAAACGAAGAAGUUAUAUCUAAAUUAGGAGUUUUCAAGAGUUAGAAGAAAAAUGUAUUGGAUUAAGAAGAAAAAAAGAGAACUACUAAUGAGAUACAGAUAAUAAUGAAAGGAUGAUAUCUAAUAGAAGAUUGGAUUAAUUUUUCAAGUGAAUUAUUGAGAUACGAGCAUGCUGGCACUAGAGCACAUGAAUAUAGGAUAUAUUCUGGCAGAAAUAUUCCUUUAUUUAUCUCCAGGGGAUCUUCAUGUUAGUCGCCAGGUUUGCCGGGCUUGGAAUUCCUGUAUAGUUGAAGACAUUUGGAACAGGAAAAAGAACAGGAGAAUAUUCGAGAACAGUUUACAGAGAAGAUGGUUGAAAGGAGAAUGCUCAAGGAAUAUUUACCCUGUAUCUAGAAGAGAACAUGACUGUGGAGUAAGACUUACUAAUCAGUAUUUUCUUUUACAUUCUCAGUUGUUCAAACUCAAAUUCGAUCCGAUCUUUGCAUUGUACUCUGUGAAAGAUGGAGGAUUAAUAAACGAAACAAGACUCGAAUUGAAGGAUGGACACAGAUUGCAUGGGGUUGAGGUGACGAAUUAUUUUAUAACAGCAAGUUUCUCUGACGCGGCCUCACAUGGAGAUAACCAUGAAACUAUUCAGGUUCUAGGAAUUCCAAGUUUACAAAUCAUUUCAAACAUUCCUGCUGCAGAGUCGCCACAGAUGUUUACAGUUGCAGAUUCUUACAUUCUGACUUUAAGUCCGUUUAAAACCAGAUUAGAGCUUUCCGAGCUCACCCUUUUCAAUCCAAUUCUUAAAUCUCAAUCAAAGUUUAAAAUUCGCCUGUCAUUUUACGACGUGCUAAACCUAAGUUUUGACGGCCGAUACGCUCUGGUUCGAACAAUUGACGAGAUUGAUCAGACAAAUGUGUAUGAUGUAAUUCGUUCACGAACAGUUACAAAAGGUUUGAAAACGGGAAUGUUUCAACUGAACGAGGUGUUUGUGUAUCCUUUACUCUGUACUAUUCAGGAUCAUUGCUACUUAAAAAUAUAUAAUCUAGAGGAGAGAUCAAGUUUAUCCCGAUUUAUCCAUGAACCUGCAGACCUGUGUUCUAGCGCUAGUCAACCUAGAACUGAGAUUGGGCUUGGGAAUAAGUUGCUAAUCUCUAGGGAUUCUGUCUACCUAACCCGAUAUCUUAAACACUCUUCAGAUCAUUCACAGUGCUCAGCGUUCCUUGAUAUUUUCAACCUAGACCAGAUAAAGGUACAUUUUAGAGUUGGAAAUCUUGUUCCAAGUGUUCUGUCUCUUCAACUCUCCGGACCCUUGUUUGAUGAAAUAUCGAUUUCUCAAACAGGGAUAGUACUUCUCAACAACAAACUUGAGACUGUCGAAAUUUUUCGAUUUUGGACCUGAAGAAAUGCGGGAGAAGAAGGCGACAAAUCCAAAAUUAUGAAUAUUUUCCAAAAUGCGGGAGAAAGUUAUCAAAAAUACGAAGAAUCAAAGAAGCAGCAAAUAUCCGUUUGUACAUGGGCAUGGCGUAUUAUAUGUUUAUAUAUGAGAAAUGAUAAUGAAAUAUAAUUUAUUUUAUUUUUUAAUUUUUCAGAAAAAA